AUGAGUUCUUAUCCAUCAAGUGGUCGUCGGCGACCGAUCACCCGAACGGAGGCGGAAGAAAGAGCGUUGGACAAAAUUUCAAGAGAGGCGGAAGCUCGAAUGAAAUUAAAGAGAGAAACUAGAGAACAAGCUAGGCAAGGACGGUAUCAACUCCUAGAAAAGAAAGUUGAAGAAGAUGCUGAAGCAUUUCGACAUGAUACUGCUUCAACUUCUAACACGAACGGAGUGUCAUCUUCAACUAAUCAAACCCAGGAACAAUUGCAUGACAAAGUUAUUGAGUUACAAGAUCGCGUGCAACAAGUCAUGUUUCUUUAUUCCCAAUUAGAUAAUGAAAAAUCUACUUUGCUCUACGAGGUGGAUCUCUUGAAAGACGAACUAGAAGAAAAAGAUGCUUCGUUGAAUUUAUCGUCUCGUGAGUGUCGAGAUUUGACUAGUGAAGUGAAAGCUUUAAAACGGACAAUCGAUGCUUUACAUGCCACGCAACAGCAGUUGAAAAGUGAAAUUUCCCAACGAGAUCAACUCAUACAGGAAAAUGGUUUAUGUCUUGUCGAAGAGGACCCAGAAGAAGAAGGAUCCGAGUCAUCUAAUAACGCGUCUGGAGAAAUAAGAUCUGGGCCGUAUCUUUUCAAACGUGAGACGAUUCGUUUAGUUGAUCGAGUAGUUCCUGGAGCAGCAAGUCUCGAUGAGAAGGUUCAAAAACUUAUCGAUACGAACAAAAAGAUGCGUAAAGAUUAUGAAGAGUUGGAGCAAACGAUAUACACACAGCGACAUGCUCGUAAUGCACGGGAUUCUGCAAAUGUUAUGCCGAAUCAAGGAGUUGAUGAUGUCAAUAAAGAUGCUGCCAAACACCUCGCUGAGAUGAAACUGAAAAUGCAGGACCUCGAAAGAGAAAAUACGAAUCAACAAGGGAAUGUAAUUCGUAUGGAAGGGCAAAUGAAAAGGUACAAAUCUAAUGCGGAUGCAGCCGAAAAAGAAUUGGAUGAAUUGAAAACUCAGAUGCGGCAAACUAAGAAAGAGCUCCGUGAUAAAGAGAAUGCAUUGGAUGAACAAAAAGAGACAAAUAAACAUUUACAAAGUCGUUUGGAGAAAAUGAGAAUGCAACGAACCGGACGCCCCUUAUAG